UCAAGAGCCUCACCAGGUCGACAACAUCGGCAACACGUGCGAUCUCCCGCGUCAAGAGCCUCACCAGGGUAACUCGAAUGACCUUCCGGAGCCUUGUCGAGGUGAUGCCAUCAACAACUCAAACGAUGCCCUGGGGCUACAAUUCGAAUUUUACACCCCCAAGCUUACGAAGCCUACGAAGCGGAAAUCAUUGCAGAUAUGGAAAACAAAUGCAGAUGAGCUAGUUGGGAAGAUAUCUACAGAUCAAUCGAUAACGAAACAUGAUGAUACGUAUUGGAAACAUCGUAUCAGGUCAAUAUUAUUAGGAGUUUCAGUAUGUAAUAGGGUUACAUGGUCUUCGUCCACAGCGGAAAAGUCGUUAAGGGACUUCGCUAGUAUCACUAAAGCAACAGGAGAAGUUAGUGUUUUUUCACGACAAGUCUACGCCUUCCAACAGCUUAUAUUUGUGUCAGCAUGCUUUGUCUGGACAGCUAGUGGGGUCAAAAGGACCAAAGUUAACUCUAUAAUGCGAUUAUGUGUCUCUGAUUCAAAGCCCGCUCAACUCCGUCGUUUGCGGAACGGUUCGCAGUGGAUCAAUGAACAAAUCUCCAAGGUGUACGCUACAUUAGGGCAUCAAGCGACAGAAAAAAUAUUUCAGAGUCCGAUGUCCAUAAAUCAGUACGGUACUUUGGGCCAGUCUCCGAAGGAAUCGAAAAAAUACCUCUCCGAGCAUCUGGUGUCUGCAAAAGUAACACCUACUUUAUCACAAGCAUACAUUCCGUUGUUUCUUCCAUCUUUUGUGCAAGUCAUGCUAGGGGACGAUUAUACCCUACAUCAAGUCUGUAAAUUGCUAAAUGUCCCCGAAUCAUUUGUUAAUGAGAAAACGAUAUCACUCUGUCAUCAAUAUGCUACAAUUCGGGAUGAGCCAGGCGAAGCUUCUCCAGAGUCCCGAAAACGUACAAUGGACGAGCAGCCAGGUUCGAGUGGCAAAUCCAAGAAACACAAACAUAAUGUUGAUGAUGAGCCAUCGACUUCAUCGACGCCAACAGAAUGUCUGUCUGAAGUUGCAGGCGAAAUUAAACGUACGACUCAGGAGCGCCCGCAAGGACCUACUUGCGAAGCUAAUCAUUCUCUGGAAAGUGCGAGUAGUAAGUCCCAAGCUCAGCAGUCGAGUACCCCGGAAAUAAACAUUGAGAACUUGGUUUCUGGCCGUCCUGACCUUGGUGGCUCCUCCGGUAAUGGUGCUGCGAAUUCAGGCUUUUCGACGUCUCUAGGUAGCGAUCCAACCAUAUCAAACCAUCCUUCAAACGAGCCAAACCGUAUGCAACAUGUUGCAACGAACCAGAUCGCGAGGAAUCUCUCCCUGGAAUCGCCAGCGGCGGAUCUAGCAGCAGCGACUAUGUCGCAAACAGGAAGGCUCUAUAAUUAUGCGCCAACUUCCCAUGCUUGCGAUCUCACUGUUACAGAACACCAACAAAGCACUAUUAGUCAAUUUCCAAGCAAUUUGGACUUACUUGUGUCUGCUCAGGUUGGGGAACAUACGCCUAUAACUGCAGAAUGGGGAUGUCAGAGAGAAAGUAUUGGACAGGAGGUCUAUAAUGAUGGCGCGUGUGGGGAAAGUUGGGGAAUCCAAGAGGACUUUAUACGCGGGCGGCCAAUGUCUGGGCAAGAGGAACUCACAGGAAUGCUUCCGACCGCGCAAGAGGAGGUAAUUCUACCGCCAGAGCAGCAGGAAAUGCGUUGGGGAAUCCAGGAUGAGUUCAUACGCAAUUGGCCAACGUCUGCGCAGGAGGAGGGAAUUCUACCGGUAGAAUCCCUGCUAGAGCAGCAGGAAAUGCAUUGGGGAAUCCAAGAUGAGUUCAUACGCAAUUGGCCAACGUCUGCGCAGGAGGAGGGAAUUCUACCGGUAGAAUCCCUGCCAGAGCAGCAGGAAAUGCAUUGGGGAAUCGAAGAUGAGUUCAUACGCAAUUGGCCAACGUCUGCGCAGGAGGAGGGAAUUCUACCGGUAGAAUCCCCGCCAGAGCAGCAGGAAAUGCAUUGGGGAAUCGAAGAUGGGUUCAUACGCAAUUGGCCAACGUCUGCGCAAGAGGAAACCUGGGCGGAUAGCACAGGAAUUCUACCACUAGAUCAGCAGGAAAUCCAAGAUAAGUUCAUACGCAUACGCGAUUGGCUAAUGUCUGUGCAAGAGGAGGGAAUUCUACCGCCAGAGCAGCAGGAAAUGCGUUGGGGAAUCGAAGAUGAGUUCAUACGCAAUUGGCUAACGUCUGCGCAGGAGGAGGGAAUUCUACCGGUAGAAUCCCUGCCAGAGCAGCAGGAAAUGCAUUGGGGAAUCGAAGAUGAGUUCAUACGCAAUUGGCCAACGUCUGCGCAAGAGGAAACCUGGGCGGAUACCAAUGGGAAUUAUACCGCCAGUGUAGCAGCAAAUACGUUGGGGAAUCCAGGAGGAAUUCAUACGCCCAAAUUCUGGGCAACAGGAAUCAUAGGCAGAACCAGUGCUUCUGUAGACGUAAUUUAA